AUUUUUCUCUCAUUUCUCUAUUACAAUAUCCAGAGUCCAGACAAACAAUUUUGGAAGUUUUUGUUUGAACUUCUUAGCAAACCCAAAUCCAUCUCUAAAUCAUGAUUCUUCUUCUUAGCAGUACUAAAAUAAAACAAAAUGAAUCAAUAAUAGUUUUCUUCUCUGUUUCAACUUCUUCUUGAUUCUUCUUCUUCUUCUUAAACCAUAACCAAGACCCUUUGGUCACUUGAAAUUUCAUAAUCAUGGCAGAAGAAAGACUAACAAGAGCAAUUGAAGAAGGAAUGAAACUAUCAAAAAGAAUCCUAUUGUGUAAACAAUACAGUAACAAAUAUUACUCUGUUUCACCUCCACAACAACCUAUAAUGGAGAAGAUUCUAUCGAAGAAAUUAUCAUCUUCAUCAUCAUUUAACCAUUCUUCUUAUCUAUUACCAACAUCUCCAAUGGUUUAUGCAGUGAUUUCUGACCCAAUAAUAGUUGAUAAUCCUGAUAUACCAAGCUAUCAACCACAUAUACAUGGAAAAUGUGUUCCAUCAGCUUUGAUUCCUCUGCAUAUGAAUGAAAUUUCAAUGAAAAUUGAUUGUUUUUUAGAUACUGCGUUUAUUACCGUUAUUGGGGUAUGGAGAGUUCAUUGUGUUAAGCGGAAUCGGGUUUGUACUUGUCGAUUGAUCGUGCCGAUGUCAGAACAGGGUUCAGUUCUAGGUGUUGAGGUUGAUGUUAAUGGAAAACAACAUAGAAAAUACACAACUGAGCUAAUCCCCUUGGAAGAACAAAUGGAUACUGGGAAACUAGGGAAAUCCCACCGCGGAGGCUUCUUAACACCUGAAAUGUUUGCCUUGACAAUACCUCAGGCUGAAGGAGGCUCAGAUAUUUCAGUUAAAAUCAAUUGGUCACAGAAAUUGUCAUUUAAUAGUGGGCAGUUCUCACUCAGUAUACCUUUCAAAUUUCCCGAAUUCGUAAGUCCUCCUGGAAAGGGAAAUCCCAGAAUCGAAAAGAUAACUUUGAAUGUAGAAUCUGGUACUGGAACUGAAGUUCUAGGCCUGCAAGCUAGCCAUCCUUUGAAGGUUGUAACAAAGCAAGCGGGGAGGUUAGAGUGUUCAUAUGAAGAAGAUGUGUCGACAUGGUCACAAAUUGAAUUCAAGUUUUCAUACACGAUAAGAUGCACAACGGUUUCUUCUAGUGACAUAAUGGGGGGGUUGCUGUUACAUUCUCCUUCGAAGCAAGACUUUGAUCAAAGGGAGAUGUUCUGCUUUUACCUUUUUCCCGGCAAUAACCAGAGCAAAAAGGUAUUUAGGAAGGAAGUUGUAUUUCUCAUUGACAUUAGUGGAAGCAUACAAGGAAGGCCCCUCGAGAGCGUCAUGGGAGCGCUGUAUGCAUCCCUAAUGAAUCUCAAUCAGGAGGACAUGUUUAGUCUUAUAGCUUUCAACGGAGAAACUUUCUUAUUCUCAUCAUCACUUCAACUGGCAACCACAGAAGCCAUUGAACAAGCUACUGAAUGGAUGCAGACACACUUUGUUGCAGCGGGUGGAACUAACAUUCUACUACCCCUGAGUCAAGCAAUGGAGAUGUUCUCUAAUACGUUUGAUUCCAAAACAAUACCUCUCAUAUUUAUCAUUACUGAUGGAAGUGUUGAAAAUGAAAAACACAUAUGUGAACUCGUACGAAAUCAAGUGACAACUAGAGGGUGGAGAUUUCCUCGUAUCUCCACAUUAGGUAUAGGUUUACACUGCAACCACUAUUUCUUGCGAAUGCUUGCACUAAUUGGCAAAGGUCAUUAUGGUGCUGCGUUGCAUCCAGAUCUUAUUGAUAUUCAAUUCCAAAGACUGUAUACUUCAGCCUCAUCCACAGUUCUUGCGAAUAUAACUCUCGAUGAAUUAAAUUGUUUAGAUGCAAUUGAGGUUUAUCCUCAAUAUAUUCCAGAUCUUUCCUCUGGAAACCCAUUGAUAGUUUCCGGAAGAUAUAAAGGGGAAUUCCCUGAUUCUCUUAAAGUUAGUGGUUUCUUCUCAGAUAUGAGUAACUUCACGAUAAACUUGAAAGCACAACGGGCAAAGGGAGUCUCUCUUGACAGAGUAGUUGCAAAGCAACAGAUGGACGUACUCACAGCUCAAGCGUGGCUUUCACAAAGUAUUGAACUCGGGGAGAAGGUUGCCAGAAUAAGCAUACAAAGUAGUGUUCCAUCUGAAUACACUCGAAUGAUCUUAUGUCAGACCGAAAGAGAGACACUAGCAUCCGAAUCAAUUGGAUUACAAGAGGUUCACAAAGUUAACAUGAAAAAGCUUGUAGAUUCAGAAGGACACAAGAUAAUAUUGCUGAGAAGCUUGGGAUAUGGAUUUGGUAACAUAAAAGCCACUGCAGAAAACGUUUUCCCGGGAUUUGGAGAUCAAUUAUUCCCUGAUUCUGCAUCAGACCCGAUCACCAAGGCCGCUUCAACCUUUUGCGCCGAGUACUGUGAUUGUUGUUGUUGCAUGUGCUUUAUCCGGACUUGUUCUCGCAUAAACGAUCAAGGUGCUAUUGUUCUUACUCAGCUUUGCACCGCAUUAUCGUGCUUUGGAUUACUCAAUUGUUGCGUGGAUUUAUGCUGUGACUUCUAAUGGUAAAAGAAAAAUCUGUAGUUCCAUUUGCUCAUGCAAACAGAAUUAACAGAUAGCAAUGUGGGAAAAGCCCACUAAAGGAAUAAGAAGUUUGUAUAUGCUUCACUUUUUACUAAUAUGUGCCAUAUCUACGAUAUUUACAUCUCUUUCUCAGUUUCUAUUAUGCCUACACUAGACGGUUGUACAACUCUACUAGAGACACACAUCUGCAACUCUAAAUGAUAAUUAUUUGUUCAAUCAUCUCCAUAUAUGCCAAUGUAAAAUACAAAUCUUGUGUACAAAAAAACAUAGAUUCUAUCUUGGUC